AUGUUCAAAAGUACUCUUAGGCUCACGGGCACAGGUGAUCUGGUCAGUGCACUGCUAAAUCCAUCCGAUGCGAACAAACCUUGUGGAUAGAUCAAUGUUGUGACCCCGGUGUGCUUUGAACAGGCGAAGCUGGAGACACAGAAGUUGAUCGAGUACACGGAACGAUUGACACGUGGAGCUCAGUGUACCAAAGUAUAUAACGCCCCAUGCGCCCGUCCAGUUCUUCGAAUCCACGAAGCCAUUGUAGCAGCUUAUGUUCGUCUUCUUGGAGCUGUAAUGGGCAAAGUGUCCAAUUAUCUGUGCAAGACGGAAAAAAUUCUGAAAAAUGAUCUGUUCCUGCGUUCUGCGGACGAUGUUGCUUUGCUGUCCUUGCAGCUUUUCGCUUACGAGGCCAAGGUGAAUACGAGUGACAAUUACGGAGGAUACAACCGCAUAGUUGUAGACGACAUGGGCCCUGCACUUGAAAUUGGCCGAGAUGGUCCUAAGUACGAAGCAGCCAUGCGUCUUGCUCUUUACACAACCGAAUACGCCGUGCGUGUGAUGACCAUAGCCGGUUUCGCAAAUGCCGAUGAGCUACUGAUAGAUACAGCACUGAAGACUAUUGUGGAAGUUCCGGCUUGCAAUGAAAAAUGCAUGCCUGCCGGACAUUUCGGUUAG